GCACAUUGCGUUUCCAUUUUCUCGCGGCAGAAACGUCGCACUUUGCUGCGCCGACACAACUCCGCGUUUCCGAUUUGAACGCCCAGUCUCUCUUCUCGCCUGUCUGUACACCCCGUCCGAAGAAGCCAUCCACGGGGCUCUCUCCUCUCCUGCGAAGAAGAGAAGAAGAGGACGUCUUGCUCGUAGCACUCUUCUUCUCUUCUUCUCUUUUCUUUUCUCUCCUUUUCUUUUCUCUCCUUUUCUUUCUCUCCUUUUCUUUUCUCUUCUGCUCGCUCAGUUGCUGGUCUUCGAUUUUCGGUGGACAUGUGACGAGACACUGAGGGUGACGCUCAUCCCGAAAUCCUCUGUCUUUCGGCGGUGGAAAGACACUUUGAAACCCAGGGAGGGUCGAGAUUCAGGAUUUUUCGACCAAGUUCCUCUUGCACGGUUUCCCCCAGCUUUCUGCUUCAGUGCUCUCUUCAGUUGUGGAGACUUACGCGGUGCGAAGGCGACGCGGCUCGAACUGUUUUCUCGCGUUUCCAGGAAGGAGUCGCCCGAGCCGCUGCCCGGUUUUCCGGAAGACGUCGCCGUCCUUGUCCUCUCCUUCUUCCUCUCUUCUCUUUCAACUAUGUUUGGUGUCGACUCUGCUUUACUCCUCCGCCUUUGAGUGCUCCAGGUUCCGCUGCGCUUGUGUUUCUCUCGCGGCUCUCGUCCUCUUCCUCGCCGUCGCUUGGACGCUCUUCCCCUCCACUCUUUCAAGAUGAGUUCGGCCGUCGUGGACCACCCGGCGGCGGAGGCCUCGCUCUGCCCCUCCGACGCGUCAGGAGACUCUCUCCACACUCGGGACCUCUACGCCCAGCUGAAAGCUCUUCAAAAGAGACUGGAGUUUCUGAACAUUCAGGAGGAGUAUAUCAAAGACGAACAGAAAAACUUGAAAAGAGAGUUCUAUCGGGCGCGCGAGGAGUUGAAACGCAUUCAGAGUGUGCCUCUCGUCAUCGGGCAAUUCAUGGAGCUCAUCAAUGCGAACGAAGGCAUCGUCGCCAGCACUGCAGGCAGCAGCUACGUAGUUCGCAUUCUCUCCACCCUCAACAGAGAGCUCCUCAAGACAGGAUGCAGCGUCGCUCUCCACCGCCAUUCGCAUUCUGUCGUGGACAUUCUGCCUCCGGAGGCAGACUCCACCAUCCAGACUUUGCAGAUGCAAGAAAAGCCCGAUGUCACCUACUCGGAUAUCGGAGGAAUGGACAUUCAGAAGCAAGAGAUACGCGAGGCUGUGGAACUGCCUCUCACUUGCCCCGAACUUUACCAGCAAAUCGGCAUCGACCCUCCGACGGGCGUCCUUCUCUACGGUCCUCCCGGCACAGGGAAAACGAUGCUGGCGAAGGCUGUGGCAAACAACACGACAGCUACGUUCAUUCGCGUCGUGGGCAGCGAGUUUGUGCAGAAAUAUCUGGGAGAAGGACCGCGCAUGGUCCGCGACGUCUUCAGACUGGCGCGCGAGAAUUCCCCUGCGAUCGUCUUCAUCGACGAAGUCGACGCCAUCGCAACCAAACGCUUCGACGCCCAGACUGGCGCAGAUCGGGAGGUCCAGCGGAUUCUGCUCGAGCUUCUCAACCAGAUGGAUGGAUUCGAUCAAACGACCACAGUCAAGGUGAUUAUGGCGACGAACAGAGCUGACACUUUGGAUCCUGCGCUGCUGCGUCCUGGGCGUCUGGACCGGAAAAUCGAGUUUCCUUUGCCAGACAGACGCCAGCGUCGUUUAAUCUUCCAAACCAUCACAGCCAAGAUGAAUCUCUCUGAUGAGGUCGACCUGGAGGACUACGUUUCGAGACCGGAGAAGGUGUCAGCAGCGGAUAUCGCGGCGAUCUGCCAGGAGGCUGGUAUGCAGGCGGUGCGGAAGAACCGCUACGUGAUUUUGCCGAAGGAUUUCGAGAAGGGGUGGAAGGCACACGUUCGCAAGCACGAACGCGACUUCGACUUUUACAGCUUCUAAGCUGGCAGAUACCACCUCGCAGAGGCGCCUUUGUUUCUCUCUUUACAUACGUGACAUGCAUUCUCUCGUCUUUCGUGAACAAAAAAGAUUCGAGUUCUAGGUGCCUACGUGCACAGACUGUGAAAUAUUUCGAGUGAUUCAACAGACUCUCUGCCGCCGAAUUGCAAGUCUAGUCGUUUAUCAA